AUGGCGUUUGUCAAAUUCACCUCAUGUAUCUCUGAAAUUCGAUACAUGGAGAGAGACAAUGUCAGAAAAAAGUUUCUUGGGUGUAACCGUACAUUUCCAGAAAAUAUUUCUUUAAAAUCAUUUUGUUUGACAGUUACUGAAUUAAAAGAGUGGCAUACUGGUCAAUAUAUCAGUGAACAGUUAGAAAAUAUUCUAUCAGACUGGGAAAUAAAUCAGGAAAAAAUUGUAAGUGUUGUGACUGACAAUGGUGCUAAUGUUGUUUCUGCUGUUAACAAAACUUUUGGUAAACACUAA